AUGAAUGAAACCAAUCUCAGUCUUUCAACAAGCUACAGGCUGCAACCUUUUCUUUUGCUGUCAAAGUCUGUUAAGGGCAUAGCUAAUACCAAACUCAUUAUGGAUGCUUUAAACGCACCAGGUGUGUACGUGUUUACAGAAUUAUACGAAUCUCCCAACGUUGUUCAAGCCUCCACUCUACCCGAGGUCGCGCCUUACUAUUCAUUGUUAGAAUUAUUUCUCUAUGGCACAUUCAAAGAUUAUCAAGAUAACGUUUCGCAAUUACCUUCUUUGACCGAGAAUCAAGUUAAAAAGUUGAAGCAUUUGUCUAUCGCAACACUUUCUGAGACAAGCCAGACACUUUCGUAUGAUUUGUUACAAAAUUACCUUAAUAUACCCACUGUAAGAGAGCUUGAAGAUUUAAUUAUCGACGCAUUUUAUCAAGGUAUAUUCACGGGUAAACUCGAUCAACGACAAGGUCAAUUACAAGUUAUGCGUAGUAUGGGUCGUGAUUUAAGACCUCAACAAUUGGAUGAAACAAUGAAAGCAUUGGCCGCUUGGUCUGUUAGUACCAGUCGUUUAUUAGGUAAUAUGGAUGCCAAAAUUGCGAGCUUACAAGAUACAAUCCAAGCAAAUGAUCAAAUUCAUGAUGAAUAUGACGCAAAGAUCGAACAACUGAGACGCGAUAUUCGUGCAAACACCAACCUCAAAAAGAUGGAUAUUUCAUUGGACGAUUCUAAAAAGAAGGGGUAUAAUGGUGAAUAUGCUUCACUUGAUUACAAUAACGAACGCGUCAAAAAGAGGUAA